UCUCUAUCAUUUUCCCUUAACAAUGGCAAACAUUGUUAAGCUUUUGUUCAUCUUGUUCUUGAGUUUCUUCAUCUCAACAAGCUCAAGAAUCAUCACUCCAUCAUCAUCAUCAUCUUCAUCAUCUUCAUCAUCACCAUCAUCAGUGCUCUCCAAUCUCACAUACAUUCCAGGUCCAAUUCAAUCAAAUGGCAAGAACUACACUAGAGUGUGUGAUCCAGAAAGGUUUGCAGACAUGGGUCUAAACAUGAAGGACUUUGCUUACUGUGACAAGUCUCUACCUUACAGUGUCCGUAUCAAGGACUUGAUCGGACGCAUGACGGUGAAGGAGAAGAUCUUGAAUCUCGGCGAUCGAGCUCCCGGCAGUGGCCGUGUAGGCUUACAAAACUAUAACUGGUGGACUGAAGCUCUUCAUGGCAUCUCCGACGUCGGCCAUGCCACUUAUUUCGGUGAUAUCAUCAACAGUGCCACCGUCUUCCCUACACCAAUCCUCACUGUCUCCACUUUCGAUCCCGCUUUGUGGAGACAAAUCGGCCAUACGGUGUCGAUUGAAGGAAGAGCGAUGUAUAAUCUUGGACAUGCAGGAUUGACAGUAUGGAGUCCGAAUAUUAAUAUAGUACGUGAUCCAAGAUGGGGAAGAGCACUUGAAACACCCGGAGAAGAUCCAUUGGCAGUGAGUGUUUAUGCAGUGAAUUAUGUGAGAGGAUUGCAGGAUGUUGAAGGAUUUGAAGUGGUGAAAGAUCCAAAUACUAGGCCUCUUUCUCUUUCAGCUUGUUGUAAGCAUUAUACAGCUUAUGAUGUUGAUCAGUGGUAUCAUGAGAUGUAUAACAGGAAAGAGUUUGAUGCAAGGACAAUGGAGAGAGAUAUGGUUGAAACUUUUAAUAGGCCUUUUGAGAGUUGUGUUAGGGAGGGUGAUGGGAGUAGUAUAAUGUGUUCUUAUAAUAAGAUUAAUGGUGUUCCUGUUUGUGCUAAUCCAAGGUUGAUGUCUCAGACUUUUAGAGGAGAGUGGGAUCUUCAUGGUUAUAUUGUUUCUGAUUGUGAUUCUGUUCAGGUUAUGACUGAGAAUCAUAAGUGGCUUCAUGAUUCUCCUGUUGAUGCUAUUGCUCAAUCUCUCAGUGCUGGAUUGGAUUUGGAUUGUGGAUGCUGUGGAGAGUCAGAUAACUAUUUCCAGAAUUUUGGUGAAAGUGCAAUUCAACAGGGGAGAAUUAGAGAGAAAGAUCUUGAUAAUGCAUUGACAAACUUGUACACAGUGCUGAUGAGAGUUGGGUUUUUUGAUGGAAAUCCAUUGUUUGAUAAACUUGGAUUGAAUGAUAUCUGCAGCAAAGAACACAUUGAGUUAUCAGCCAAAGCAGCAAGAGAAGGGAUUGUUCUUCUUAAGAACAAUGACAACAAUGUGCUUCCUCUUGAUACAAGCAAGUUCAAAAAGAUUGCAUUGAUUGGUCCUCUUGCUAAUGCAACAGAGCCAAUGAGAGGAAACUAUGCAGGAGUCCCAUGCAAAUACAUCACUCCCAUUGAUGGAUUCAAUGCCAGCAAUGUUCAAGUGGAUUAUCAGCAAGGUUGUGCUGAUGUGGGAUGCCAAAACAUCAGUGAUCUCAACUCAGUGCUUGAAUCAGUCAAGAAUGCAGAUGCAACAGUGUUGUUCUUCGGAAACGAUUUAUCAAUCGAAAGAGAAGAGUUUGACAGAGAUGGACUUAAACUCCCUGGAGAACAAGAAAAACUCAUAACCAAAGCUGCAGAAGCUGCUAAAGGUCCUGUUAUUUUAGUGCUUAUGUCUGGUGGUGGUCUUGAUGUUUCAUUUGCAGAAAAACAUCCUAAGAUUGGUGCUAUUCUCUGGGCUGGUUAUCCCGGCGAGCAAGGCGGCCAUGCUAUCGCCGACAUCGUCUUCGGCAAAUACAAUCCAGGAGGGAGACUACCAUUGACAUGGUAUCAUGAUGAUUAUGUUAAGCAAUUGCCAAUGACAUCACUGCAAUUGAGGCCAAACAAAGAGUUUGGAUAUCCAGGAAGAACAUAUAGAUUCUUUGAUGGUCCUGUUGUGUAUCCAUUUGGUCAUGGACUAAGUUACACUCAGUACAAAUACACAGUGAAACCAAAGUUGAGCAGCAUCAAUGUUGGUCUUGAAAAACACCACAAGUGCAAGGAUUUGAGUUUGAAGUCUAAUGCCAAUGUGAUAAGUGAAUGUCCUUCUGCUUUGAUUGAUGAUUUGAAGUGUGAGGAAACAAUUAGUUUCAGUGUGGAGGUGGCAAAUGUUGGGAAGAUGGAUGGAGAUCAUACAGUGAUGGUUUACUCAAAACCACCUGAGUUUGUUGAUGAUGCACCAAUUAAGCAAUUGAUUGGGUUUCAGAAAGUGUUUGUUCCUGCAGGGAAGAAGAAGGUGGUGAAGUUUGAUAUUAAUGCUUGCAAGGCUUUGACUUUGGUUGAGAAGACUGCUUAUAAGGUUUUGGCUGAGGGUCAACACACCAUUGUCAUUGGUUUUGGAGAUGAUGCUGUUUCUUUUCCUUUUGAAGUUGUCUUUAAGAAGUAAAUUAUAAAUACUCUUUAGCACUUUCUUUGUGAUCUUGUCUUUUAUUUUUAUUUUUUUUAUUUUUUUUAAGUUGGUUUAUUUCUUAAUUUGUUUUAGAGUUAGAGUGAGUUUAAUUAGUUCUCAUUCAACACUUGGUUGA